CAGAGAAGACUUUCAAACUGGACGACCCAUCCAUAGUCGGUCAGAGACGUCAAAUAUGACAGCAGCAAAGCGGCGAAUCAGAUUCGAACCCCUUCCAAACUUUUCUAAUCUAUAUAUGCCAACUAAAGGUCCCAGAAUCAUUUUCUCGUAAAAUUACUACAUUUCUCGCAAAAAUUCGGAUCCAUACGUUCGAUUAUUAUAGAUAAUGAAAAUAUUCUCCGGUCUUUGGCUUCUGCUCGUACUAUUUCUCAUUUCGCUUCAAUCCAAGGCCUCCGCUGGAUCUCCGUCCUCGAAGGAAGCCUACGUCACGCUCCUGUACGGAGAUGAGUUCUUAUUGGGCGUUAGGGUUCUCGGGAAAUCGAUUAAGGACACUGGAUCGAAGAAGGAAAUGGUGGUUCUGGUCUCUGAUGGUGUCUCGGACUAUGCUAAGAAGCUUCUCCAGGCUGAUGGGUGGCUAGUGGAGAAGAUUAGUUUAUUGGCAAAUCCUAAUCAAGUGCGGCCGAAGAGGUUUUGGGGUGUCUACACGAAGCUUAAAAUUUUUAACAUGACUAACUACAAGAAAGUUGUAUACCUUGAUGCUGACACUAUUGUGGUGAAAAGCAUUGAGGAUCUGUUCAAAUGUGGAAAGUUUUGUGCUAACUUAAAGCAUUCUGAGAGGCUGAAUUCCGGAGUGAUGGUACUUGAACCAUCGGAAGCUAUAUUCAAUGACAUGAUGAGCAAAGUUACCACCUUGCCUUCUUACACUGGAGGAGACCAGGGUUUUCUGAAUUCAUAUUACACUGGAUUUCCAAAUGCACAUGUUUUUGAGCCAAAUUUAUCCCUGGAGGAGUUGAAAUCCCGACCAGUUCCUGAAAUGCAGCGACUGUCCACUCUAUAUAAUGCAGAUGUUGGUCUUUACAUGCUUGCAAACAAGUGGAUGGUAAAUGAGAGUGAACUCUGCGUUAUUCACUAUACACUUGGCCCCCUUAAGCCUUGGGACUGGUGGACAUCUUGGCUGUUGAAACCCGUUGAUGUCUGGCAGAAUGUUAGGGAACAGCUUGAGGAAUCGCUUCCUGGAACUGGAGGGGGCAGAAAUCCUAAUGAUGACCUUCUUGUCAAAUUUCUUUUUCUACUACCACCUUUUGCUUUACUCUUUUGUUAUUAUCAGUCCUUUCUUCAGACACGGGAGUACUUUGGUUCAUUUUGUAGAAGUUCAUUGUGCGAUAGCAUCAGACAUAUGUACUACAAAAUUAGAUAUGGUGGAUCACUUAGUUAUAGUGGUGUUUCUACAUCAUCUACCAUCGGUUCCAACCAUCAGUUCUCUAAUGGUGCAAACACCAAGGUGCCUAUUUAUUUGGGUGGAAUAUCUGUCUUUGUCUGUUUUGUGGUGGCUGCGGUGUCGCUUGGACUUGCUCUAGCAAUUGUGCCUCGGCAAGUGAUGCCAUGGACUGGUUUGCUCAUGAUGUAUGAAUGGACAUUUACAUUGUUCAUUCUUCUUUUUGGAGGUUAUCUGUAUUUGGUUUCCAUAUGGGGAAAGACAAAAGCUACAGUGGGAUCCUUCUCCUCUGAUCCUGAAUCUCUUGAUUAUGAUUCUGGAAAAGGUCAUCACCGGCAAGGAUUGUCCUUUGAUGUUGCGACAUGGCGUUAUGGGUUAGUGAUGGCCUUUUUGGCUGUCGCUGGCCCAUCUUUACCGUGUCUUUUGGGGAUCACAGCUCUAUUUGCUAGGUUAGGUUUGAUGUUUGUGGGAGGACUGGUUUUGGCAUCUUUCAUGACUUACUCUUCAGAGCAUCUUGCAAUUAGAGCAUUCUUGAAAGGCUUGGAAGACAGAGGCAAUACUCGAAGUAGGAGUUUAUGUUUCUUAUGUUGAUAAGUGACUUCAAAAAGAUGUAAACUAUUGCCAAUGUCCGUCACUUCUCAUUGUAAUUUAUUUGGCAUAUAGUGGCCCUAUGCUUGACUUGUAAAAUUGUGGCGAAAUUUUUCAAUUUAGAAAUGUAUUUUUUUCCCCCUCUUUGAGGUUUUUUUAAUAUUCUUUUUUGAAACUGAUCAUAGUUUUAAAUGUUUGCUACAAAAUUUUCAAUCAAUGAGGAUGGAGAGGUAUUAUAGUUUCCAA